AUGGGCAGCGCGGACCUGACGGGCGUCGAUAAGCCGCCCGAACGCGCCUCGUACUUAACCAGAGACGAUUUCGCCGCGGCGGCGCGCGAGUGGAUCGCGACGGUGACCCGGCGCGUGCAGAAACUGAUUCGGCAGGCGGGCGGCGGAGGCAAGGGGCGCGGGUCCAGCAAAAGGAACAGCGCGCGCGGGAACACCCCCCCUGUUGACCGCAGUCUGGGGUACGUCCCCCCCACGACCAAGGACCUCAAUCCCGCCAAGCUGCCCAAUCUCAACACCGUCUCGCGCUACCUCACCGUGGGUCUCACGCUCGACCCCGCCUCGCAGAAGCUCUCUUGGGAUUUCAAGCGUUUUGUGGACCACCGCUCGCUGUAUAAGGCCGAGGACGGGUUCGACCAGGGCAACUGCGGUUCCUGCUGGGCGCACGCGGUAGCGCGGGCGAUUCAGGGCGCGUAUGCUCUCUUCACAGACACGGACACGUUCCCCACGGGGACUGCGCUGUCCGUGCAGCAGCUGGUGGACUGCACGGGCGCUGCUGCCUCGUGCCGGGGGGGGUACCCCGAGGCUGCCCUGCAGUAUGCUGUUAAGAACGGGUUGCAGAGCGAAGAGGGUUAUUCGUACACUGGUGUCAACGGCAAGUGCAGCGUCAACAAGGAGGCUGUGAGUUUUGAGUCGAGUCAAAAGGUGCCUUCUCGGUACCCCGAGGCUGCCCUGCAGUAUGCCGUGAAGGGCGGGCUGCAGAGUGAAGAGAGCUACGCGUACACGGGGUUCAACGGCAAGUGCGGCGUCAAGAAGGAUGCGGCCGUGCAUGUCUCAUGCUCCCUCUUCCUCACCCAACUGCGCUUUCCCUCCCUUACCACUCCUCGCCCCUCGCCCCUGCAAUGCUUGUACACUGCUCCCUCAAUCCUUACCAACCCUUCCCUCCAACCCCUCUCUCCCUCCAACCCCUCCAUCACUCCAACCUCUCCCUCCCUCCAACCCCUCCCCUCAGGUCUGAGGAUAAGUGCAACGUUUGGACGUACGAGGAGGUGCCACUACCAGGACCGCUUCACCCCUUCUCACCCCGUUCCUAGCAUGCUGCUCCGGUUCCUACCGCCCCUCACCCCUCUCCACCGCUCUCAGGAGAAGUGGAGCAUCUCGAUGUACGAGCAGGUGCCACUGCCGGGGCCACUGGGGCUCAUUCUCGCGCUGCAGAAGCAGCCCGUCAUCGUCACCAUCCGCGCCUCUGCGCAGGACUUCAUUGACUACUCGGUGAGUUGA